AGAAAAACUAAACUGCUACCUCUUUAUCACAUUUGGAAGUCCAGAAAGGAUGAAAUAUUAUUGACCUAUGUUUAGUAGGGUGUCUUCACUUAGUCUAGUCAUCUCUGGCUAGACAAGUGAGGGAAAAAGUCACAUAGUAUAAACAUAACUACCAACAAAGGGUCCCAGGACAGAAAAAUGAUGGUCUGGGACACAUACAAGAAUGAUACCUACUACAGAAGUUGAAAUCUUACAAUUCCUUUAUCAAUUUAAGUGAGUAAUUCACUUUUACAUAGUAUAUAAAUAUUCAUCUUUGGUUUGUUUUUGAUUGAUAACAUUAUUUAUAAUUAGAUUAAUAUAAAAAAUAUAGUUGUUGUUUCAGAGUUUCAUCUUGGAACUCUGUAUUUUUAAUCCAGCAUGUCAAACUUCCAGAAUAUCACAUCUACGUCCAUCACUUUCCUGCUAACUGGUGUUCCUGGGCUGGAAGUCUUCCACACCUGGAUCUCCAUUCCUUUCUGCUUUCUCUACAUAACCGCCCUCUCAGGAAAUAGCCUGAUUCUCUUUGCCAUUGUCACUCAGCCCAGCCUCCACGAACCCAUGUAUUAUUUCCUCUCCAUGCUGUCCACCACUGACCUCGGCCUGUCCAUAUCUACCCUGGUCACCAUGUUGGGUAUAUUCUGGUUUGAUGCCAGGUUGAUCAGCUUUAAUGCCUUCUUGUCACAGAUGUUCUAUAUUAAACUCUUCACUGUCAUGGAAUCUUCAGUGUUGUUGGCCAUGACCUUUGAUCGUUUUGUGGCCAUCUCUAAUCCACUCAGGUAUGCCACCAUUUUAACUGAUUUCAGAAUAGCUCAAAGUGGAGUGGCAACUGUCAUCAGGGGGACACUAAUGCUAACACCAAUGGUAGCACUUCUUAAAAGACUGUCCUUCUGCCACAGCCAUGUGCUCCACCACUCCUACUGCUUCCACCCUGAUGUGAUGAAGCUCUCGUGCACAGACACUAGGAUCAACAAUGCAGUUGGGUUGACUACCAUGAUCUCUACUGUUGGUGUUGACUCAAUCCUCAUCCUCCUUUCUUAUAUUUUGAUUAUUAAGACUGUCCUCAGCAUUGCAUCCCCAGAAGAGAGGAAGAAAGCCUUCAGCACAUGUAUUUCCCAUAUUGGGACUGUUGCUAUUUUCUAUUUUCCAUUGAUCAGUCUGUCCUUUGUUCACAGAUUUGGGAAAUGAGCCCCAGCCUAUGUUCAUACAAUGAUUGCUAACACCUACCUCCUAAUCCCUCCUGUAAUGAACUCCUUCAUCUAUAGUGUGAAGACCAAACAGAUACACAGAGCUAUGAUAAAAAUUCUCCAUUCCAAAGAUACAUAGAAUCAUAGAAUUCUAGUGGUCUACGUUAUGAAUUUAAAAACAAAACUUGUGAUCAUGAAACAAAAAUUUAAAAUUAAAUCUGGAAUAUAUGUAAAACAUCAGCUACCUUGA